AUGAUUCAAGUCUUGCAGAUUGUAAAGGAGCUGGUGACACCAUCCAGGCAGAGAGCAGCCAGAGCGAAGGAAGAUUCAAACCAGGAUGUAGCACUGAAACUUGCCCAGGAGCGAGCUGAAAUAGUUGCUAAAUAUGACAGAGGACGUGAAGGUGCAGAGAUUGAACCUUGGGAAGAUGCUGAUUACCUUGUUUACAAAGUCACGGAUAGAUUUGGCUUCUUACAUGAGGAGGAGCUCCCAUAUCACAAUGCAGCUAUGGAACGGCAAAAGCACCUGGAAAUUGAAAGAACUACUAAAUGGUUGAAAAUGCUAAAAGGAUGGGAAAAAUACAAGAACACUGAAAAGUUUCAUAGGAGAAUUUACAAAGGAAUCCCACUCCAGCUCAGAGGUGAAGUCUGGGCACUGCUCCUGGAGAUCCCCAAAAUGAAGGAAGAGACCAGAGACCUGUACAGUAAAUUAAAACACAGAGCACGGGGUUGUUCGCCUGAUAUCAGACAGAUAGACCUUGAUGUCAACCGCACAUUUAGGGACCAUAUCAUGUUUAGAGACAGAUACGGUGUGAAGCAACAAUCCCUGUUCCACGUUCUUGCUGCAUAUUCUAUUUAUAAUACGGAGGUUGGAUACUGUCAGGGGAUGAGCCAGAUCACAGCCUUGCUCCUCAUGUAUAUGAAUGAGGAAGAUGCCUUCUGGGCCCUGGUCAAGCUGUUCUCAGGUCCCAAACACGCCAUGCAUGGAUUUUUUGUCCAUGGUUUUCCCAAACUCUUGAGGUUUCAAGAACAUCAUGAAAAAAUACUGAAUAAAUUUUUGUCCAAGCUUAAGCAGCACUUGGAUUCGCAAGAAGUCUACACAAGUUUUUACACAAUGAAAUGGUUUUUUCAAUGUUUCCUUGAUCGGACGCCCUUUACACUAAACCUCAGAAUAUGGGACAUCUAUAUCUUCGAAGGAGAACGAGUUCUUACUGCUAUGUCUUACACAAUCUUAAAAUUACACAGAAAACAUCUAAUGAGACUGUCCAUGGAAGAACUUGUAGAAUUUCUUCAGGAGACCUUGGCAAAGGAUUUUUUCUUCGAAGAUGACUUUGUAAUAGAGCAGCUCCAGAUUUCUAUGGCAGAACUGAAGCGGGCAAAGCUUGACCUUCCAGAGCCUGGCAAAGAGGAUGAAUUUCCAAAGAAACCUCUGGGGCAGCUUCCCCCUGAAGGUCAGUCGGCUGGUGUUACUCACCUGAGCAACGGACAGAGGAGCGUGGGCAGGUCGAGUCCCCACCCUGGCGGUCGGAGAGGCAGCGGCUCGCCCCACAAGACCCACGAGCCCUCCCCGCCCCACCCGCGCCGGACCGGCACCCCCGAGAGGGCGAGGCAGCAGCGGCGGAAGUUGUCUGACGAGGAGGGUAAGCGGCUUCGCGACGAGGCGGAGGCGCAGGCGCAGAGGAGACCCCCGCCGGGCGCCCAGGACGGCUCCGGGUACAACCACGCGGCGGCCAACCAGAACAGCAAUGCCACCUCGCGCGCCCGGAAGGAGUUCGCGCCCCGGUGGCACAAGCCUUCCGAGGCCGCGGUUCUGGAGAAGACCGCCAAGUCCGCCGUGGAAGGCCGGAGCCGGGCCGCUCCCCCCGCGCUCGCCGACCCCCGGGCUCCCCACGUGAGGCAGAAGACGAAGGUGCUGGACGCAGAUGAGGGCAAGCGCGGCUCCACGGCCUCUCAGUACGACAACGUGCCCGAGGACGGCCCGGGCGGCGCCGUGGAGGAGGCGCUGGAGCGCGCGCGGGCGCAGAGCCCGCGGAGGCCCGCCGAGCCCGGCGCCAGCCCGUCCAGAGCCCCGCCCAAGUUCGCCUUCAAAGUCCUGCCUUCGAGUUACGUCCAGCACCCGUUCCUGCCAGACGGGGAAGAUCACGGGGCCGCGCACCCCCCUUCGUACAGUAACCCCCCCACCUACCAGAGCAGCUCUCCAAAACGGGUCCCCGCCGCCAACAGCAGCUUCCCGUUUCCCCCUGGGGCGCACACAAAUCCUUCCCGCAGACCUUACGGCUCCACGCUUUCCGUCACUGCUUCUCCAGAGAAAUCUUACAGCCGCCCGACUCCUGUGGUCCAGCCAUCGAGUCGAAUAGAAGUUCUCCCUGUUGAUCUUGGUGCCGGCGGAUAUUCAGGCAAUUCAGGGUCCCCAAAGAAUGGGAAAUUCAUCCUUCCUCCAGGAGAUUGUUUGCCAGAUAACAGAAAAUGGUCAGAAGUUGGUUACACGUGGAGACCAGAGAUGCACGGACAGCUGUGGACAAGAGAUGUCAACCGUGGCCACCUGAGCAGUUUCCCAAGACACCCCACGUUUCACCACGCCCCCUAUCAGGACCACUCCCUCCCCUGCGUCUCCGUAGAUGGUCCAGUGCGGUAUAGAACUUCCCCAGCUCUGGAAGACGCCACCUCCCCCGGGUUUCAGUAUUCAGGGCCCUCACCUCCAGCGUAUCACUACAGAAAUCGGGAUGGACUCUCUAUGCAGGAGUCAGUAUUGCUGUAA